AUGGCCAAACGUACAUUAGAUGCCGCGGGGCUUCCCAAUGAGGAGAAUACAGAAGGAACCACUCAUGUCCCAAAAAAGCAGAAGAGCGACAAGACCAAGAAGACGAAGAAGGCCGUUGACGACGCGGGCAAGGAUACCUCAACUGACGACCGAGAAGCAAAGGCCGAGCGGAAAGAAAAGAAGCGUCUAAAGAAACUGAAGAAGGCAGAAGCAGAAGGAGAAGCAGAAGCUGCUCAGCCCGAAAGUGCACCCGAGGAAUUGAAACCUGAAGAGGAAAAUUCAGAUGACAAGGCUGAUGCCAAAGCUGCGAAAAAGGCCGCGAAGGCGAAAUUGAAGGCAUUGAAGAAGGCCGAGAAGAGCUCCAAAGCGGAGACUACAGUUGUUGUUCCUGUUGUAUCUACAGAGCCUGCGAAUGGAAUAAAACCUGUGCAGGCUUUCGGCGAUGCUUAUACUGAAGACAGCGCAUUGACAGCCCUUUCUCAAGCCGACGUCGACAAGUUCCUCGCAGACAACUUCAUAUCUAUCUCGGAUCCCCAAUCUCCUACCCCUACAUUCCGGCCCAUACUCAAUUUCGAUUACCUACCCAUCAGCGACCCGGCUCAGCGAGCACCUUUCAAGAACUUCAAGGCUCCGACACCGAUUCAGGCGGCUGCAUGGCCUUACCUGCUAGCCGGCAGAGACGUAAUUGGUGUUGCAGAGACAGGUUCUGGCAAGACGAUGGCAUUUGCUGUGCCUUGUGUGCGUCACAUCUUGUCACUUCCAGCGAAGCAGAGGAACAAGGGAGCUAGGGCUGUGGUUGUGUCGCCUACGAGAGAGCUGGCUAUGCAGAGUUAUGAGCAGAUCAUGCUGUUGGCCAAGGUCUCCGGGCUCCAAGCAGUCUGUGUUUACGGAGGUGUCCCAAAAGAUGAGCAGCGCAGAUCUCUCAAAACAGCAGAUAUUGUCGUGGCUACGCCCGGCCGCUUAAAUGAUUUGAUCAACGAAGGAUGUGCGGACUUGAGCAGAGCCAAGUAUGUUGUGCUCGAUGAGGCGGACAGGAUGCUGGACAAAGGAUUCGAAGAAGAGAUUCGGAAGAUCAUCAACACGACCGCGACUGAGCGACAGACCCUUAUGUUCACUGCUACAUGGCCCGAGUCUGUGAGAGAUCUUGCUUCGACGUUUAUGAAGACUCCGUUGAAGAUUGCCAUUGGAGACAACCCAACCGGUGACCUCCGUGCGAACACCCGCAUCAAGCAGGAAGUCGAAGUGGUUGACCCUAGAAACAAGGAGUACAGGCUUCUACAGCUACUCAAGCAAUAUCAAAGCGGUGCUCAAAAAGACGAUCGUAUUCUAGUCUUUGCGCUCUACAAGAAGGAAGCGACAAGAGUCGAGGGUUUCAUCCGGCAAAAGGGAUUCCGAGUUGCAGGAAUCCACGGAGAUCUCAGUCAAGAGCAGAGAACGAGAAGUCUGGAUGCUUUCAAGAAGGGCGAGACGCCAAUUUUGGUGGCCACGGAUGUCGCAGCAAGAGGUCUUGAUAUCCCUGCUGUGAAGCUCGUCAUCAAUUGUACUUUUCCUCUCACUGUUGAAGAUUACGUGCAUCGUAUUGGGCGAACUGGAAGAGCUGGCAAGGAGGGCUUGGCCAUCACGCUCUUCACUGAACAUGACAAGGCGCAAAGCGGAGCUUUAAUCAACGUCCUUAAAGCAGCCAACCAAAACGUCCCAGACGAACUGCUGAAGUUCGGCACGACUGUCAAGAAGAAGGAACACAGCGCCUACGGCGCUUUCUACAAAGACACUGGCGGCGAAGCCAAAGCAGCGAAAAAGAUUGUGUUUGAUUAG